AUUUUCAUUUUACUAACUCAGCAAAGGACUCAAGCUACAGUCAAAAUGUCCUGCCAAAAUGUGUUUUUAACUUUGGCUAUAUUGCUACUAUCAACAGUUGUUGUAAUAAACACUGCACCAGUUGAAACAAAUAUAGAUGCUCAGAUGUAUCUUUCACAAUUUGGAUAUCUUCCAGAAGCAAGCUCUGGUAACUUGGCAAUGCUAGAUGAAGACACAGUGACCCAAGCUAUUCAGGAUUUUCAAGAAUUCGCCGGAUUGUAUGUGACCGGACAAUUGGAUAGUGACACAUUGCAAUUAAUGUCACUACCAAGAUGUGGUGUUAAAGAUAAACGCACUUAUAGCCGCUCAAAACGAUCUUAUGGAUGGCGAAGAGCUUGGGGAAAAAAGCAUUUAACAUACAGAAUCUCACAAUAUACCAGAAGAAUGGAUCGACCUGAUGUUGAUGCAGAAAUCGCUAGAGCCUUUAAUGUUUGGACCAAAUACACUGAUCUCACAUUCUCACCUAAGAGUAAUGGACCAGUUGAUAUUGAUAUAAGGUUUGUGACAGGAAAUCAUGGUGAGUGUGGUUCGUUUGAUGGUCGUGGUGGUACAUUGGCUCAUGCAUAUCACCCUGAAAAUGGAGAUGCUCAUUUUGAUGAUGCAGAGCGUUGGACAAUCAAUACUUCUGAUGGGACAAAUCUAUUCCAAGUGGCAGCUCAUGAAUUCGGUCAUUCUCUUGGACUUGAUCAUUCUAGGCAACCAGCAGCUUUAAUGGCCGCAUUCUAUUCUGGAUUUACGCCAAAUUUUCGACUACAUUCUGAUGAUAUAAGGAGUAUACAAGAACUUUAUGGAAGAAAAACAAAGCAAGCAGAUGAUGGAGAAAAUGAAGACAAUUCAAAUAAAGGUCGUGAUCGUGAAGAAGAAGAGGGACAAGAUGGAGAAGGAGAAGGGCAAGGCAGAGAAGGAGACGGGCAAGACAGAGAAGGAGAAGGAGAUGAUCGUUCAAAUUGUCCAAGCACAAGUGAGUAUUAUUAA